GACAAAGACAUUUUACAUAAAACAAAAGUACACAUACAUACACUAGCUUGGGUACCCGAUAUUGCUCAGUUAUUUGAAAAGGUCAGUUUUUUAAUUGUACAAAAUAUAUAAGGUUGUGGGUGAACAACUCAUAUCAUGCCAGAUUAACCCCGGGAAACUCCAUCAGUCCUUAAAGUUUGUUGCAUUGGGCAACUUUGCUCUGGAUGUAUCAUUAGUGGGGUUCAGUAUGCUCUCUGGCUGUAGGGUGCUAGUCCAUUCAAUAUGUAGUAUUUUAAGGGCAUAUCUCGACAUUGAUAUAUUUUGCAUUGUAAUGCUUUAUAUAGGAUUUUAAUGGUGUGUUUUAUAUUGAAUUUAAUAAUCUGGUUUUCAUAUAUUUAUUUGUUUGCCUUAUAUGUGAAAGACGUAUGGUCUAAGCAUCGAAUAAAACUCAAAUAUACAUCCCAGUACCUACAACUCCUAUAAAUUAUUGUUUAUUCUCCCCAAACGUGUCUAGUAUGUUCAGUUCCUGCUCUUCCAACUCUGAUUCUUUAUUAUUUCUACCCUAUUUCCUCCCUCCCCAAAUGAUUUUAAUGAAGGAGUAUCUCUGGGGUGGAAAAUGGUCCAAUUUUCUGAUAUGACCACUGGAUGACAGCAAAGGACCAUAGAUUGGAGCCGACUAGUUUAAAUUAGGAGCAGACUAUUAAGGAGGUGCAAUGCCCAAUGUGUCCAUCUGGUAUGCCAAAGGAACCGGGCAUUAGGUCACUACAGGGCUCACUUUGUUGUAUCACAAGCAAAUUGGGGGUACAGUAAUGUUUGUUUUUAAAAAGCACAAAGUUAGAAAACUUGUCAUUAUCCUAGAUUUCCCUGGACCAGAAGCUGGCCACUUGUAGAGCCUCUCUUGUCGCUGUGAGAAGGUCCUUUGUAUGUGGUCUGUGUUUUUCUCCACACUCGCAUAUCAUGGACUCCACUUUGUAGCCCGAUUUCCUAAGAUUGGUUCUGUAUCUUAUGGUGCCAGAGCGCAGCCUGUUCAGUGCUUUCCAAGUCACCCAGUCUUCUGUGUACCAAGGGGGGAGUUCAUCACCCAUUAUCAGCCACUGAUUGAGGUUCUGGUUUUUAGCCUGCCACUUUUGGAUUCUUGCUUGCUGGGGUGUUCCUCUGAGUGGCCAAAGACGAUGAGCGGCCUUCCGAGCACGUCGGGGACGACAGCCAGCGUGGUCAUCAUCCGGGGCUCCAAGAUGUACGUGGCGCACGUGGGUGACUCCGGCGUGGUGCUCGGCGUCCAGGACGACCCCAAAGACGACUUUGUCCGGGCCGUGGAGGUGACGCAGGACCACAAGCCGGAGCUCCCCAAGGAGCGGCAGCGGAUCGAAGGCCUCGGGGGCAGCGUGAUCAACAAAUCUGGCGUGAAUCGGGUUGUGUGGAAGAGGCCUUGUCUGACACACAACGGCCCUGUGAGGCGGAGCACCGUCAUGGACCAGAUCCCUUUCCUGGCAGUGGCCCGGGCCCUUGGUGACCUAUGGAGCUACGACUUCUACAGCGGCGAAUUCAUUGUGUCUCCAGAGCCGGACACGAGUGUCCACACGCUGGAUCCCCAAAAGCACAAAUACAUCAUUCUGGGCAGCGAUGGGCUGUGGAACAUGAUCUCUCCCCAGGAAGCCAUUUCCAUGUGUCAGGACCAUGAAGAGAAGAAGUAUUUUAUGGGAGAGCACCAACAAUCCUUGGCCAAAAUGCUGGUGAACCGAGCCCUGGGCCGGUGGAGGCAGCGCAUGCUCCGGGCGGACAACACCAGCGCCAUCGUGAUCAGCAUCUCUUCGGGUCGGAGCUGCCACACGGACCUGGAAAGCGAGGAGAAGCUGUGCUUCAACUUGGCGGAGGGCCCUUCCUACAGCAGCCUCGAAAUGUGGACUCAGUCGCAGUGCUCCACUCUGCCAGUCAAGGCCGUGGAAGAGGAUCUGUUGCCGCGCCUGAGUUCCCCCGAGACUGUCCCUUUACUCCCACGGAGCAGCACUGUUUUGAGCAAUGACUCUGAGGAUGUCGCCAAAGGCAGCUUGACGUUGUCUAAGGAAGGAGCAGCGCAGGAGGAGACCCUGGGGCCGAGGGUACGGAAGUCCUGCCGCGGGAGCCCCCCGAGCGCGCUCUCUCCGCCCAGUUCAGGGAGGGCGGACCUAGACCCCACGGCCUUCAAGGCGUCUCCGAACGACGGCUCAAAGGCCCACGAGCCGGAGCACACCCCGACGGGCACAAACUUCAAACGGACUUUGGAAGAAUCCAAUUCGGGGCCGGUGGUCAAGAAGCCCAGGUGGGGUCUGGCCAGGAACGCGGGGGCCCAGACGGAAAGCCUGUCCGCGACGCCGCAGCACAAAACCCCCAACAAGCUCGCCAUGCGCCGCAGCCUCCGGAGGCAGAAGAAACUAGGCAAGCCAUUGUUUCCACAGCCCAGGAAAGCCUUGUGUGUGUGCUGAAGGUGACCCCUCUGGCUUAUGUGGUGCGGACCCUUUGAAACUGCGACGGGCAUUUCUUCCUGUCCACUUUUUAUUUUUUUAAAUGUAGAAACCUUGGUAUACCGACAGCUUUAUCCCGACCUUGUACUCUCACUUGUAACAUAACUGUGAAUUUUUGUAGACGUUCAUUAAGACUGUAAAUUUAUAUUCCUCCAUACAAAUGUAGUGUCCCCGCCAAACCUUCUCUUGCAUUAAUUGUGACUACAGGGCUAAAAACAAAAUCAAAACACAUUUUUAUUGGGACAGUGCAUUUGUGUGUGUGUGUAUGUGAUGAGAAAAAGGUGUCUGCCUGGGCAUAAAAGUCAUGGAUUUGCAUAAAAUUCCAUGCGAUGACCUCACAACUUUUAAACAAAAGUAAAUUAUUAAACCGAAUGGGAGAUAAUGUAUUUUCGUAGUACUUAAUACUGUUCUGCUUGGAGUGUGGCCCUAUUAGAGUCUAUAAUACUAAGUCUAUUUUCUUUCUUAACUUUUAGAUUUCUGUGUGCAGAAAGGAAAUGUGCACCGAAGAGAUGUUGAGUCUCUUUCGCUCAGCAGAAUGCUGGUUUCUGUAUUUUAAUUCAAAUACUAUGCAGUAAUUAUGAUGGCGUCUUUUCUUCCUUUUGAUAAGUUGAAGGACCAAUAUUUGGCUACAAAAAUCCCUCUAUCAGUUCUUGGGAGAUUUUUUAAAAAAAAUAAUGACAUGUUUAGAAAGGCCCCACGGUCCAACAGAAGAUGAUGCUCUGAAUUCCCUACUCUGGGUCCUCCCAUCGCUUCAGUCUCUCUGUUGUGUUGUAUGAGGAUGAUGGAAGUUCUAGUCCACCAUCUGGAGGACACCAAGCUAAGAAAGGCAGCUGGUGAUGUUACUCUUUGCAUCAUGGGUUCUUAGGGGAAUAUUUUAUAGUUUUCCUUACAUAUGUGGAUUAUGUAUUCUUAUCAUAAAAUAAACUACGCAAAAAGUU